AUGGCAUCUGACUUGGCAUUUCCUACAAGAGAGAAGGUUGGAUCGACCUACAAGAAGGAUCGUCUAUACAGAGAGGGGAACGGAUUCUUUAUGUAUGUGAGGUGUGGGGGGUGCAGGCACACAACCUGCUGCUACUCGCACUCGCAGACAAACAUCUCAUGCCCAGGCUGCGGGGACAUCAUCCUAACGUCUUCUGGAGGCCGCGCGGUUGUGUCGCCAAACUGUGAGUUCAAGAAGAUCAUAAGGAAUAUUGAUUAA